CACCAACAUAAAAUAAUAAUAAUCCUAAUCCUAUCUGAUCAUGUGAUGAAUUGCACCUUUUCGUAGAAACCGGAAUCCCACCAGAUAGGCCUAGACGAAAAAUAUAUCAGUAUUAUACUAUUUAGCCCAUUAUAGGCAUAUGCUUGAAUAAUUCUGAUAUAUUUUAAUAUUCUUGAAAUCCUAACAUAUAUAGCCAACCAACUUCAAUGAAUCUGCCCUCAUCCACUCACACACUACUGACUCACUCACCGUACUUUCUCUUCCUCAUCUGAUCAAAAAUUCAAAACCCAUCAAAAAUUUCAUCAAUUCGGAAGCCAUGGAUUCUGAAGAUUUGGCCCUCUUGGAGUUCAUUCAAGCCCAGCUUCAAAAUGAUUCCGAUUUUCCCCAGUUGUUAUGGCCACUCAACUCUGAUCAUUACGACCCGUGUUUCCAUCUUAAGGAGCAAGAAGCAGAAAUGAUGACGACGAUGUUGACGUGCAGCAGCAGUACCAGCGGCAUUCACACGCCGGAAACAUCUGAAGAAGGCCGCAAGUCGGACGUCCAGCCGGAGGACCAGGAGGUUCAGCAGGAGCUGUCCCCGUCGUCCUCGUCGGCGGCGCGUGGAGAUCACGCUCCCGCGGCGGAGUGGACCCGGUACAAAGGUGUCCGGAGGAGGCCGUGGGGGAAGUUCGCGGCGGAGAUCAGGAACCCGAACAAGAGAGGAACGAGGAUAUGGCUGGGGACGUACGAGACGCCGGAGGAUGCCGCGUUAGCUUACGACCGCGCCGCCUUCCAAAUGAGGGGUGCGAAAGCCAGGCUUAAUUUUCCCCAUAGGAUUGGAUCUUCCGGUUCAGUGCCGCCGGUCCGGGUGAAUCCCCGAAAGCGUGGUUCGCAACCCGCGUUUUUCACCUUCGCUAACGAAAUCGAUUUUACUAAGAAGGGGAAAUUUGAGAUUUCAUUUGCGGAUUCAUCCUGCAGAUAGCAUUAGCAUUAGUUUCAAUUUGGCCGAUCUUUGUGUCUAUUUUUGUGAUCAAAGACGAAUUAAGAAGUUCUUUCAUUCUUUUUGCCGAAGAAACCUAUAAACAUGUCUAUCAAAAUCGUCGCAAUUGAUGUUUGAAACUCAACUCAAAAUGGCAUAAAAAAGAGUUAUUUUUGGGUCAGUCAUGCUAAAAGCUCCCUAAUCUUCAUGCCAUACGCGGGGGAUCAAUUCUUCUAUCUCAACCAAUU